AUGUCGGGGAAGAAAAAAUCUUCGAAAUCGGGAGGCAAAUCCACCCUGGAGGAAACUCUGAAGAAGUACCGCAAAGGCGAGAAAGCGGCGGCGAAGAUCAUGAUUGACGUCGCCCGCGAUCGAGCUGCGUUGGACGCGCGAUCGGAAGCGCAACAAGAUCGGAUACGGAGACAAGCGGAGCAGGAGAGGCAACGACAGGAGGAGAAAUUGAAGAAAGCAAACGCAAAGUUGUUGAAAGAUAGGGAGGCGGCGUUACAGGCGCAGGCGGGCGGGAAUCAACCGCAACAAGUACUACACGUUCCGACGUCUUUGCUCGCGCGACAAAAAGCGACCAUUGAUUGCCUGAAAAGAACGAGAGAGCAAAUGACGAACAGCGAGUUGAAAGCUUUGCUCGGUUUUGACACGCACCUCGAUAAGCAGUCGGAGUUGUUUUUGACUUUGAAAGCGAACGAGAAGAUUUUGUACGACGAGAAGAGAGAUACACUGAAGUAUAAGCCGAAAUUCGACAUACAGAAUAAGAACGAGCUUUUAGGGUUGAUUGUGAAGCACGCGGAUGGGGUGUUGGAGGAAGAUUUAGGCGAUAGUUACGACGGCGUGUUGGUUGACGUGAUGAAGUUGGAGGAAAGCGGAAAGGUGUGGCGAGUGCAAAAUUCAGAGACGAGGAAGUGGGUGACGUAUCCGAGGGUGAGCGUCGUGGAUGAAGACGGUGCGAAUAAUAAGGAGGGAGAAGAGGAGGAGGAGGAGAACGUCAACAAAGAGUUGAUCGACGAGGAGUUUGUGAAGAUGUACGCCGAGGUGAAGAUUCCGGAGGAGGAGGCUGAAUUUGAUAAGGAGUUGCGAAAAGCGAACAUGGAACCGGCGGCGAAACGGUCGUUUCGAAAGGUCUCGCGAGAAGAACUCGAGGCGGAGAAGAAAUUGAUGAAAAAGAAGAAGCGAGCACCGAACUUUGAGAGAAUGAAAUUGACAAACGUACACAUGAAAGAUUUGUUCAAAGGCGACGCGCCGGAUGCGCUCGUAUAG